CCUCGCAACCACUCGGAACGGGGCUCCGGAGGUUCGAAAGGUUGGCGCGCACCUGGAGAGAAGCGGUUCGGCCAUCCCUGACAAUGUCCGUGUUGAGGCCACUAGACAAGCUGCCCGGCCUGAAUAUAGCCACCAUCUUGCUGGUGGGCGCGGAGGAUGCGCUCCUGCAGCAGCUGGCGGACUCGAUGCUCAAGGAGGACUGCGCGUCCGAGCUGCGGGUCCACUUGGCGAAGUCCCUCCCUCUGCCCUCUAGUGUGACUCGACCCCGCAUUGACCUGGUCGUGUUUGUGAUUAACCUUCACAGCAAGUACAGCCUGCAGAACGUGGAGGAGUCCCUGCGCCACGUGGACGCCAGCUUCUUCCUGGGCAAGGUGUGCUUCCUGGCCACGGGUGCCGGGCGGGACAGCCACUGCAGCGUGCACCGGAACACAGUCGGGAAGCUGGCCCACACCUACCGGAGCCCCCUGCUCUUCUGUGACCUGGAGGUGGACACCUUCCGGGCCAGUCUGGCGCAGCGCCUGGUGCGCAUGCUGCAGGUCUGUGCCGGCCACGUGCCUGGCGUCUCGGCGCUGAACCUGCUGUCCCUGCUGCGGAGCUCCGAGAGCCCCCCGCCGGAGGAGCUGUGAGGGCCCGCGCCGCUGCUGGUGAGGGCAGGCGGGCACGGAGGCCCGGCCAGCCCGCCCAUCCGCCAGCCCUGUGUCCUCGUCAUGUGACACACCCGUCGCCACUUAAGAUUUCACGAGAACAAAGCCAGUGGCUAAAAACGGUCUGAAAAUCACUGGUCUCAUCCACUACUCUGACUUGGCAGCCGAGGAAACUGACUCAGAACAGUUGGGGAGGGCGGGCUAUGGAUUCCGUGAGCCGAGUGGGACCCCACAGCCUGGCCCUGCUCUUCCUGGGAACCUGGCUGUUGCCCCUGGGAGCCUCAGUUUCCCCAGGCAUGAGUAGAGACGGUCUGCCCCCCAAGGCGCAUGGCAAGGGUUGAGUGAAGUGGCGGCUGCGUACCCCCAGGCGUGUGUCUGCAUGGUUGAUCUCGGCGCACGAGUGGGAGGUGCCUGGAGAACAAGCCUUGUAUGAAAUCUCGCAGAGUUCAGCUUAGAGCCGGGAAUCGCGCCGCCACGGUGGGGUGUGUGAGGCCGCAGAAGCUGGCUGGACGCCCUGGGUUGCAGGGAGAGAUCACACGGAGACCACUGCUGCCUUCUGCCUCUGCUCAGAUGUUUGUGGAAGUGCUGGGGCGGGGCCCAGGAAACCCUGUCAUCGAAGCCAAAGCCCCCCUGCCCCAGGGAGAGGGAGCACAGGGACGCACAGAGCUCGGGGCUGAGGGGCAGCCUGGCAGGAGGGGCCUCCCGUGAGAGCCGGGUGCUUCCUGCCCGCCUCGCCUGCCCUCAGCCCCAGGCCAGCCCUGCUGGACACCCUGUCUGCGCAGCCUGUGCUCUGGUGUCACCAGUGUCACUGGCGCACGGGCUCCUGCUCUUCUCUGGAGGAUGGGCCAGCUUCUAACCCUUGCCAGGGCCAGGAGGCACCUGGCUCCGGCCACCCCUGUCGCCUGUGUGCAGCGAGGCCUUGUUCAUACCUGGCCAGCUGUGAGGCAGCCCCUGGGCCCCGCCGAGGACCUCAGCCGUGUGGAUUCUGGUCGGGGCCCCACAUGUCACCUGACAUUCGCAGGCACGCCACGCUUCGCCAAGCUCUUCUCACAGCAGCCGCUGCUUCCCCCGCAGACCUGUGAGGUCACCAGUGUCUCCAUUUCACAGUUCAUGAAACUGAGACUCUUGUCAUCGGGGGUGUGGCUGCCGUCACGGGGCCAGGUGCAGUGGAGCCAGCCCGGUGACCGUGCGCGUCUGUUGACUAGUGUGGCGUCCCUGCUGGGCAGGCCUGAGCUGGGGACACAGGUGGAACAGCAUCCCUGAAGGCAGGAGGGAGGCCCAGAAGGUGGCCUUCUUACAGGGCCUGGGGACGCAGCAUCCCUGGCCUCCUCAGUGUGUGCGGGCCGCGGGGUGGGCCGGGCCUGUGGGGACGGCGGGGGAGGACGCUGCGUGGACACCGCUGGCUCCCUCUCCCGGACACGUCACCCGUGCUGCAGACACGAGGCCUUCCCACAGCCCAGCGCCUGCCCCAGCCAGCGUGGGCCACACCUUUCGCCCCAGGUGCCUGUGCCACAUUUUCUGUGCCACCUGGCGCCAUUUAACAAGAGAAAUGGCAUGGCAUUCUCCAGUGAGGACCUGGGAGCCUUCCAAAUGCUGGGGGAACUCAACAUGUCGCCGCUGCCAGCUCCCUGCUGAGCUUGGCAUGUCAGGAACUGCGAGGCCGCCUCACGGCAGAGCCGAGUAACGUGUGGGUGACAGGUGCCCUCACACCUGCUGUCCCCCGAAGGCUAGGGAUGGAUGGACAGAGUGGUUGCUUCCUGCCCCCCGGGCCCGGGGCAGUGUCCUGGAGGAGCCUGAGGAGGGUAAGGGGACUCGUCCCUGUGCGUAGUACAUGCCUGGAGUCGCACCUGGGGCUCUGGUGGAAGGGAGUGGGAGGCUGGCCUCGGGGGUCACCUGCUCUCUUGCAUAGAACGGGUCUUGCUGA